AGGGGGGUGGAGAGGGGGAGAGAGCGCGCACGGGGAGAGAGACGAGAGAGACACGGGGAGAGUGAGAAAGGGACACUGCGAUACAUCAUGAAGCACCCGCAGAAGGCCGCGGCAGGUGCGAUCGGGGUCCCUCGAUCUUGAGUUCGCGAUGGAAUCAUCGUCAGUGGGCCACCGUGCCGGCAUCCAGCCCUCAUCUACUUGAUCCCCCUCGAUCCUUUCGACCCCCUCUCCCACCUCGUCCCCGACGCCGCCUUGAUCUCCGAGUCCAGCGUGGCCGCCACCACCGCCGCCGGGCCCGGCGUGAGAUGAGACACGGGACGAAGCGAGAAGACACGCGGGGGGGAGACUCGAGGGGAGGCGACGCGGCUGGGCACGGCCAGAGUGUCUCACGCACGGGAUGAGGACCUUUCGUCAUCAUCACCACCAGCACCAGCCGUGUCAUCGUCGUCGUCGCCAUCGCCUCGUGUCCACGCUGUGGCCACGGUCAUCGCCAUCAUCACCGACAUCAUCACCGACAUCAUCACCGUCCUCGUCAUCAACCCAUCGCUGUCUCUCUCUCCAGGUUUCCCUUUCAUUCCAUCUUUCAUCGCUGGCUCUUUAAUUUCUGCCUGGCUGGAGACGAGGAGGUGGAGCAGUAGGCGGAGGAGGAGGAGGUGGUGGUGUGAGAAAAACGGGGAUUUGGCGGUGAGAGCGGAGAGUGAAGGAGCGAAUUCUGCGCCCUCGUUUCUUGAUUCUUUUUGUUGUUGCUUUUGUCGUCGUUCGUGCAUCGUCGUUGCUGAGCGCGGGCGCAACGGCCCGACUUGCUGCUCCCAGAGUUCCACUGUUCGUAGACCGCACCGUGGACUCGGCCUCGCCGCCUUCCAUCCAUCCACCCGCCGCUCAACCCUGCCCGCUCGUUGAAACGCGGUUCGUCAUCCCGGUCCCGAGUGCAGUCUUCCGCAUCCCCAACUCGUGGGCCCUGUCGACUUUGCUGAGCCGUGAAAGACUUCUCGGCGUCGACAAGAGACAGGCCCACGGACACGAAGGCGGGCGGUCACACGGACCCGACCCAGAGAGGCGGAGAGGGGCCGAUUCACCAAAGUCCAUCGAGGCCACAGGAAGGAUUCAGGGUCACAGAGACCCGCCACCAAACUCGCCCAGCAGACGGACGCAGUAGGGGAUGGACAGGCGGACGGACGCGUUCUGAUUAGAAUCCUAUUCAAGUGUUGUGCUUUUCACCUAUUUGACGUUGCUAUUUCAUCCUUCAUUCAUAACCCACUCCCGCCCACCCUCAAAUCCACCCACCGCUCACCACCAGCCCCGCACGGGAGUUGGUGGGGGAGGUGUGGACUGAUCCUCGGAAACCCACAAUGGCCAACAGCUCCGUCGACUACAAAGCCAAGGGGGCGCGGGCCCCCCAACCGGGCCCCCUUGGCCAAGACGGCGGCUGUGGCGGGGGCCGUGGCGCGGGCCGGGCUGGGGGUCCCGCGCUCCCCACCGCCGCUAUGGAGGAGCAGGACGCCGAGGGGGGGUUCGGGGUGACCGUGCGCGAGCUGCGGGACCUCAUGGAGAUGCGGGGGGCCGAGGCGAUGGCCCACAUGGCCGAGAGAUACGGGGGCAGCGGAGCCGGGGGUGGAGCGGGGGACGCGGUCGUGGGGAUGUGUCGCCGGCUCCAGACCUCGCCCGUGGACGGCUUGUCGGGUGACGAGGAGGACCUGGUGCGGAGGCGUGCCGUCUUCGGGGAGAACGUCAUCCCACCCAAGAGGCCCAAGUCGUUCCUGGCGCUCGUGUGGGAGGCCCUGCAGGACGUGACGCUCAUCAUCCUGGAGGUGGCGGCCCUCGUCUCGCUGGGACUCUCCUUCUACCAGCCGCCCGGCUCCGACAGCGAUGCGUGCGGGCUUGCCGGGGGCGGCGCGGAGGACGAGGGGGAGGCGACGGCCGGCUGGAUCGAGGGAGCGGCCAUCCUCCUGUCGGUGGCGUGCGUUGUGCUCGUCACGGCGUUCAAUGACUGGAGCAAGGAGCGACAGUUCCGCGGCCUGCAGAAUCGCAUCGAGCAGGAGCAGAAGUUCUCGGUCAUCCGCGGCGGGCAGCUGCUCCAGGUCCCCGUGGCAGCCAUCGUGGUGGGCGACAUCGCCCAGGUCAAAUACGGUGACCUGCUGCCCGCGGACGGGGUGCUCAUCCAGAGCAACGACCUCAAGGUGGACGAGAGCUCCCUAACCGGGGAGUCCGACCAGGUGCGCAAAGCCAUCGACAGGGACCCCAACCUUCUCUCAGGCACGCACGUGAUGGAGGGCUCGGGGAAGAUGGUGGUGACGGCCGUGGGCGUCAACUCCCAGACGGGCAUCAUCUUCACGCUGCUCGGUGCCGGCGACGUGGAGGAGGAGGAGGAGCGGCGCGACAAGAAAGACGAGGAGGUCACUGAGAACCACCAGAGCAAAGCCAAGGCGCAGGAUGGGGUGGCGUCGGUGGAGAUGCAGCCGCUGCGAGUGGGGGACGGGGGCGAGGCGGGCGACGCGGGCGAUGGGGGCGAGGGGGGCGACGCGGACGAUGCCCGGGAGCGGAGGCCGGCGGCGCCGCCCAAGAAGGAGAAGUCGGUGCUGCAGGGGAAGCUCACCAAGCUCGCCGUGCAGAUCGGCAAGGCCGGUCUGGCGAUGUCGUCGGUGACGGUGGUGAUCCUGGUGCUCUACUUCGUGAUCGACACGUUCUGGGUGCAGGGCCGGCCCUGGCUGGCCGAGUGCACGCCGGUCUACGUGCAGUACUUCGUCAAGUUCUUCAUCAUCGGCGUCACCGUGCUCGUCGUGGCCGUGCCCGAGGGGCUGCCCCUCGCCGUCACCAUCGCCCUCGCCUACUCCGUCAAGAAAAUGAUGAAGGACAACAACCUGGUGCGGCACCUGGACGCGUGCGAGACGAUGGGCAAUGCCACGGCCAUCUGCUCCGACAAGACGGGCACGCUCACCACCAACCGCAUGACGGUGGUGCAGGCGUUUGUGGGCGGGGUUCUGCACCGCACGGUGCCGGGCGCGGAGGCCCUGGCACCGGCCACGCUGGACACGCUCACCACCGGCAUCGCCGUCAACUGCGCUUACACCACCAAGAUCCUGGCCCCGGAGAAGCCCGGGGGGCUGCCGCGGCACGUGGGCAACAAGACGGAGUGCUCGCUGCUGGGGCUGGCGCUGGCGCUGGGGCGAGACGCGCAGGCGGUGCGGCGGAUCGUGCCGGAGGAGUCGCUCUUCAAGGUGUUCACCUUCAACUCGAGCCGCAAGUCCAUGAGCACCGUGCUGCGUGCCGAGCACGUGGCCGCCGCCGCCCCCGCCGCAGCCGCCGCCGCCGGGCUCGUGGGGAGCGGCGUCGGUGCCGCGGCGCCGCCGAUCUCGGGCUUCCGCGUCUUCACCAAGGGCGCCUCCGAGAUCGUCCUGAGAAAGUGCUCGUGGGUCCUGAACGCGGCGGGGGAGGCGGCGCCGCUGCGCGCCCGCGAGCGCGACGCGCUCGUGCGCUCCGUGGUGGAGCCCAUGGCGAGCGAGGGCCUGCGCACCAUCUGCCUGGCGUUCCGCGACCUGCCCUCGGGCGGCGGCGGCGGCGGCGCCGACCCCGACUGGGAGGACGAGAGCGCCAUCGUCGCCGACCUCACCUGCAUCGCCGUCGUCGGCAUCGAGGACCCCGUGCGGCCGGAGGUGCCAGAUGCGAUCCGGAAGUGCCAGCGCGCAGGCAUCACGGUGCGCAUGGUGACGGGCGACAACAUCAGCACGGCGCGCGCCAUCGCCAGCAAGUGCGGCAUCCUGAUGCCCGGGGAGGAUUUCCUGUGCAUCGAGGGCAAGGAGUUCAACCGGCGAAUCCGCAACGAUAAGGGAGAGAUAGAGCAGGAGAGAAUCGACAAGAUCUGGCCCAAGCUUCGAGUGCUUGCUCGCUCCUCCCCCACAGACAAACACACGCUCGUCAAAGGGAUCAUCGACAGCACGGUGGGGCAGCGCCAGGUGGUGGCGGUGACGGGCGACGGCACCAACGACGGGCCCGCGCUCAAGAAGGCCGACGUCGGCUUCGCCAUGGGCAUCGCGGGCACGGACGUGGCCAAGGAGGCGUCGGACAUCAUCCUGACGGACGACAACUUCAGCUCCAUCGUGAAGGCGGUGAUGUGGGGGCGCAACGUCUACGACAGCAUCUCCAAGUUCCUGCAGUUCCAGCUCACGGUCAACGUGGUGGCCGUCGUCGUCGCCUUCACCGGCGCCUGCUUCACGCAGGACUCCCCGCUCAAGGCCGUGCAGAUGCUGUGGGUGAACCUCAUCAUGGACACGUUCGCGUCGCUUGCGCUCGCCACGGAGCCGCCCACCGAGGAGCUGCUGCUGCGCCGGCCGUACGGACGCAACAAGCCGCUCGUGUCGCUCACCAUGACCAAGAACAUCCUGGGCCACGCCAUCUACCAGCUCACCGUCAUCUUCACGCUGCUCUUCGCCGGUGAGCGGAUUUUCGACGUGGACAGUGGGCGCAACGCUCCGCUGCACGCGCCGCCCUCGGAGCACUACACCAUCAUCUUCAACGCCUUCGUCAUGAUGCAGCUCUUCAACGAGAUCAACGCGCGCAAGAUCCACGGGGAACGCAACGUCUUCGACGGAGUCUUCCGCAACCCCAUCUUCUGCUCCAUCGUCUUCGGAACCUUCGUCGUGCAGGUGGUGAUCGUGCAGUUUGGGGGGAAGCCGUUCAGCUGCUCGGGCCUGAGCCCCGAGCACUGGCUGUGGUGCGUCUUCUUGGGCGCUGGCGAGCUCCUGUGGGGCCAGCUGAUCUCGGCGGUGCCGACAGCGCGACUGCGGUGCCUGCGGGACGCGGGGGGGGGCCGGGCCCCCCGCUCGCCCCCCCCGGACGAGGGCCCGGACGACGAGGAGGAGAUCGACCAUGCGGAGAGGGAGAUGCGGCACGGGCAGAUCCUGUGGUUCCGCGGCCUGCACCGCAUCCAGACGCAGAUAAACUCGCUCAACACGUUCCUGACGGGCGGCGCGGCUCCGCGGCGCCCCUCGCUCAAGAAGCAGGGCUCUCUCUCCAGCGCGCAGCCCGACGGAAUCCGCGUGGUGAACGCGUUCCGGAGCUCGCUGUACGAGGGGCUGGAGAAACCGGACUCGCGAACGUCCAUCCACAACUUCAUGUCGCAGCCGGACUUCACGGAGGGCGAACACGCCACACCGCAGAUCCCGCUCAUCGAUGACACGGACGCGGACGAGGACGAGGCGCCCACCAAGCGCAACGACGGACUGCGGCCCAUCGCGGGCCUCGGCGGGCCUUCGCCCAACCGCAACAACAACCACAACCACCACGACCGCCACCAGCAGCUCAACUUGCAGCCGUACGGCCUCGAGCGCCGCGGCCUCGACAGCGGCAUCAGCUUCCUGAGCACGGAGGACGCCAGCAAAUCAGCCACCGCCUCCUCCAGCCCCGGCAGCCCCUUCCACAGCUUCGAGACUUCACUCUAGGGGGGGCCGCCGCAGCCGCCGUGUUUCUACCACCGAGUUCUCAGCGCCGCCGCCACGGCCAAAUUUUUGUACGGCCGUCAUCUUGGUGCCACCCCCUGACGCCGCCAUCUUGGGUGUUGCCGCCAUGCCGUUGCCGCCAUUAUUGGUGCUACUGCCAUUUCGGGGCCUCCAUUUUGUCGCGUACAUCUUGGGAUUUUCUGACCCUUUUCGUCGAUCUGCUGCUGCUGCAGCCGCCGUCGUCCUGGUGUCGUCACCAUUUUGUGGCUGCCAUAUUGGUGCUGCCAUCCCGGUUUUGCUUCCCAUUUUUGGGGCCGCUAACUUGGUUCUGCCGCCGUAUUGGUUUUGACGCCGCCACCUCGGUGCCCGUUUUGCCACUUGGCCUCUUGGGAGAACCAACCGCCAAAAUGGCGGCCAAAGGCAUCGUCGUCGCGUGCGAACAGCCUUUAACUUUUGUUUCAACCAAUGAGGUGUAUGGGGGAGGGGUUCUUCUUCUAAUUGUCAAACGGAGAGUCUGACGGAAGAAAUGUGAGCGGUUAAAUGGAAACCGAGGAUGUGGAUUUAUUAUUCAGGGCCUUUCCUCUCAGUUAAAUCCUUCGUGAGAUGCACAAGGCCCGAAGCCUGCCAGGCGACACGACGGAGUUGGGUGUGGGCCAAAAAACAAAAGGCCGAUGUUGGGUGGGGAGGGCUGCACUUUGUCCCACUUUGCCACGUAACCUCCCGACCUCACCAUGCCGAACUUCGCUCCCCUAGUUCAAGAAGCUCAUGCCAAGAGAGGUCCCAAAUCCAACCUACCACACCACGUUUUGCCCCCAAAGAAGUGAAAUGAAGGUCCUGUUGCCGUUCAUGGACUUCACGCGAAAUUUAGGAGCUCGGGGCUCUGCAGGGAAACGAAAAAAAA